AUGUCGUUGAAGAAGUCGGACCGCUUGAUGGAGACCAUCAAGCACUACUCAGCCUUCCCUGCUACCGGCGUAAGCUUGCGCCAGAUGGUACAGUUUGGGGAGAGGCCUUCUGUCGGAACCCUCUUCCGCGCGUCACAAUUCCUCUCGGAAGAAUUACCCAUACGGCUUGCGCAUAGGGUACAGGAGCUGUCCGACUUACCAGAUGGGUUAAAUGAGAUGACCUCGAUACAGAGGGUGAAGGAUUGGUAUGCCCAGUCGUUUGAAGAAAUCACAGCACUUCCCAGGCCGGAACUCUCGAAAAAGGUCAAGGAGCGCCUCAUGAGGCCGAACAAGUUCAAUGCCAAGCACCCCAAGAUGAUCUCAGAAACGACGUACAAUCCCAGUGUGCCCAAGGGAAAGUACACGUCAGCGUACUGGCCGAACGAAAACGGAAACGGCAACGGCAACAGGGAGGGCAAGAAGGGCUUGUCGCGCCGCUAUUUCGCGACGGUAGAAGACACAGGCGACUGGCCACCUGAGCUAUUCGACUACAACAAGCGCUUCGCCGAAACGCUCAACACGAUCAAGAGGCGGCACGACGGCGUUGUCACGACCGUUGCCCAGGGCAUCCUCGAGUACAAGCGCAAGCGGCAACGGAUGCAGAUCGACCACAACAUCCAAGCUUUCUUGGAUCGCUUCUACAUGUCGCGCAUUGGGAUCCGUAUGCUGAUCGGGCAGCACAUCGCGUUGACGGACCAGAACCACAACAAGGACCCCAACUACGUGGGCAUAAUCUGCACCAAGACCAAUGUGCGCGACCUUGCGCAGGAGGCCAUUGAGAAUGCGCGCUUCGUCUGUGAGGACUUUUACGGCCUAUUCGACGCGCCCAAGGUCCAACUCGUGUGCCCGCCGGACUUGAACUUCAUGUAUGUGCCGGGGCAUUUGUCGCAUAUGCUCUUCGAGACGCUCAAGAACUCGUUGCGCGCGGUGGUCGAGACACAUGGGCAGGAUAAGGAGGAGUUCCCAAUUACGAAGGUGGUGGUUGCUGAGGGGAAGGAGGAUAUUACGAUCAAGAUUUCCGACGAGGGUGGUGGCAUCCCACGUAGCGCUAUCCCGCUCGUGUGGACAUACAUGUACACCACCGUGGACUCAACGCCAAGUCUCGACCCAGACUUUGAUAAGAGCGAUUUCAAGGCCCCAAUGGCUGGGUUCGGGUACGGAUUACCGAUAUCGAGAUUGUACGCGAGGUAUUUCGGAGGGGAUCUUAAGUUGAUCAGUAUGGAGGGCUACGGCACAGACGUCUACCUCCAUCUCAACCGCCUAUCCUCAUCCUCCGAACCCCUCCACGCCUCGCGCAACCUGACCCUGGAUAUGCGCUACAAGCAGAUGCACCUCAAGUCCCGCGAAGUGACGACGCGUAAGCAGGUCGGCGACGCGGAGAGCAUGGUAAACGAGGGCGAGUCCUCGGCGGGGCGGAGCGGUUUUUUUGGACGGGGGGGGGAGGUGUGA